AGAGUCUCACAACAACAAACGAGAGGCAGGCAGCAGCUGGGAGAGAAGGAGACAGACAGACUGCGUAAAGAGGAGGACAGAGAGACAGGCAGGGAGAGUUUUUCUUCCACAUCAAUGGAGGAUUAUUUCACCGCUGCAGCAGAGGAGGAGAACUGACGGAGGAAGAGAAAAACACGCGCAAAAUGGCCAAAAACCAGGAAGUGGAGCGCAUCGCCAAAAAGCUGGAUAAAAUGGUGCACAAGAAGAACACGGUGAGUGUGGAACCAGCCCUCUGCAGCCGAGAGAAGAGGGGGAAAAUUCUGGAAAAACAUGGACCGUGUGUGUUUAACUGAGAACACAGCGGCGUGGAGAUGAUCCACACUUUUACGCACAGACGAACAGACAGCUGCUUCUGUUUUUGAUCAAUCCGAGUCAAAGUGAGGCGAUAAAUCACAGCUGAUGGUGUAAAAGCUGCCAAUUAAAACAGCCACACUCACACACCUUGAUUCAAUUACCUCUGAGUUGGUCUUAUUCUUGUGAUGCAGCUUUUUUAGAGGUCAGAAUAAAUCACUAAAGCUUGUUUUGAAGGGAAGGGGAAAGUGUCUAACUCUCAUAUCCAACAUUUUUAAUGAAUCUGACCACUGGAUCACAGAACUAGUCUCCUGAAUGAUGGUUCAAAAACAUCAUAUAUAAUGUAUGAUAGGAUUUGGAAACGCCCACCUGCUGAGAGCUGGUUUCUGUGUUUGACCUUCAUGCAAAUUUAAUUAAAUACCCUCCUACACCUGAACCAGUGUCAUUUAAAUGGCCUCAGUCUGAGCUGAGUUAUAACUGAUGCUAAAUAAAUGAUGAAAAAUUAAAGAUAUAAUUAUGCAAUUAUUUCUAAAAUCAACCAGUCACCACAAAUCAUCAAUUUUUUAAAUUUGAUUCCCGAAGAAAAUAAGUUUAAACAGUAAUUUCUUGUGUUUCGCACUCCUGGAGCGCUUAAAGGUGGGGUCGGCAAGAUACGUUUAAAGAAGCAUCAUUUUUUGUGGUGUUUGUACCAAAUAGCUUUUAAUAUCAGUCAAUAGUUAUUAGUUAUUGAUGACAUUUGUAAAUAUAUUGAUAUCUCUGUGUUUUGUUAUGUGUAGUCAACAUUUUCUCUUUCUGACUGUAAACAAAGCCGUUCUCCGCCUCCUCUAACCUGAUUGGUUGUGAGGCAGACGCUGCUCAACCGUGUCGUUCAGGAGCCCAAACAAAGUUAGCGUGCUACAAUAUCGGACAGUAGAAACCAACCAGAAAGUUCGGAAAAUUGUGGUCGCUCACAGUGCGCCAGCAUAGGACAGUUAAGCUAGCUAAAGACAUUGUGCCUGUAGAAGUUGGACAGUAGCUCCUUUUGUUGUUAGCACUGUUAGCUGUUGGGACUUUUGAGCUCAUGGUAACAGUUUGCACACACACACACACACACACACACACACACACACACACACACAAAAGAUAACACAACCCAGUUUGAUAUCUGUCUGCACUCUCCAUAACUGUCUUCGCUCCCUUCCUUCUCCUCUCCCCUCGGGGUCGACAGUCUUUCUCCAUCUCUGUUCAUCCUUCACUUCAUACAUGUCUCUGUGUUGCUUAUGUGGCAUUAUGGGAACAAAUCCAGCUUUUUUUCCCCUUUGGACCGUGUGAUCUGUAACAGAAAGCACAUUUUUUUCUCCUCUUUGACUCUCUCUCUUUCUCUGCAUGUUGUCCUGUCCUGUUUCUGUGUUUACAUCCUCUUUACGUUCGUACAUUUAGAUUCUUCUUCUAAAUCAAGUUGAAUUUCUGUUCCAAAGUUGCUGCGAACAGGAUUCCCUCAUUUUGCAGCUGGAGUCUCAGCUUCAUUUGCACAAGUAUGAAAUUCCUGGCCUUGUUUUGGAAACAUCUUUGUCCUCUUUUGGUUUCGUCACUCUCUUUAUAACCUUUAGUGUACUUUGAAUGAUCGUCUCUUUGGUGUGAGAGUUUUUGUUUGUUUGUUUGUGUCCGCAGGAUGGAGCUCUGGAUCUGCUGAGGGAACUGAAGAACAUCAAGAUGUCUCUGGAGACCCUGCAGGUAUCUCACACGUCAUGGUCUGGAUUAGGAGUUUCUUAACAGCAUCAGUCAGUGCAUUUACAUGAUACUCGAGAAAACCGAAUUAUCGCCUUACUCCGAUAAGACCGGACAACGUCAAUAAUUUGGUUUUCUCAGCUGCAUGUAAACGCGGACAAGGAGAGGAGUCCGAUUCAGCGAAAGAAUCUCGGGGCUAGUCAGCUCAGCUAGCUUGGAUUUCUUAGUCUAAUAUGUGCCUCUAGUGGACACUCAAUGAACUGCGGUCUUCUGCACGACUCCAGUGGUUUCAUUUUCCUACAAUAAGAGUUGCUACUUGAUUAAUAUCCACACCAUCACUUUAACUAUUGCGGCAAAAAGGGUUAUAUAUCAAACUGUUCUGGUGACCUCGCUUUCCCUUUCUCUCUCUCUCUCUCUCUCCGUCUGUCUGCAGUCAACCAGAGUCGGGAUGUCGGUAAACGCGGUGAGGAAGCAGAGUUCGGAUGAAGAAGUUCAGACUCUGGCCAAAACCCUCAUCAAGUCCUGGAAGAAACUGCUGGGUCAGUGUGGGUGGGAGUUUGCUGCACAUGUUUGUACUAAAGACAGAUUUUUGCCCACAAAGGCGAGGACAGUUUUAAAGAGUCAGAUCUGAGUUGGGUUAUGUUGUACGUUAGACGAAUGACAUGCACAGUGAUGUGAAUGAGUUCUAAAUAUGUGUCCAUGUUUGUUGUUUUAUGUCUCCUUCUGCAGAUGGUUCAGAGGAGAAGGAGAAGAAGAAGGAAGGCUCUCCUGUCAGGUCGUCUUCCACCUCGAAGGACUCUGGCAGCGAGAAAAAGUCCGUCCCACAGCGCUUAUAUCACGUCUCUUAUAAAAUAAAAGUGACUUUUCCAUACCUCUCCUGAUUUCAUCCUUUGUCUUCUUCAGCGGUAAGAAGUCUGGAGAGGCCCCGUUAACACCAACCUCACCGACUACACCCACCUCUCCGACGUUCCCCCCUGCGGUCACCUCCUUCCCCCCGGCCCCCGUCACCACCGACAGCGUGAGGAACAAGUGUCGAGAGCUGCUGGUGGCAGCGCUGCAGACUGAUGGUAAGAAUCAUCUAAAGUAGAGGAGCAUUAAAAACAACAAGUUUGAAGUAAGUUUGACACGACUGAGGCAGAUGGGUGUCCAACGUGAGUCUGCUUCUGUUGAAGGGUUUCUGCCUGUUAGAGGGACUUGAUUCAUGCUGCAGAGUCACACUGGAUUAUUAACAUACUUUCUGUUCUAUAAAUUCAAUGACACUGAUAAUGAUGAUAAGCCUACAAAGCUCGAGCACAUCUCCAUUUGUCUGGAUGUUAAUUAUUGUUCUCUUUCCCUUUUUGAAAUAAAGAGUAAAAAAGAAUUUGGGAGCAGUUUUUUCACCUUUAAAAUCAGCUUUUAUAGGGAUACUCCGGCGUAGAAUUUAGGGUCAAACACACAGUAACACAGUUCCUUGAGCUGCGGCACCCCGCUGUAGUCCGUAAUGGACUGGUCUGAGGUCUUACUACAAACAAGCGUCUGCUGGAAGAGAGUAGGUGAGUUGUGUUUAGUCUCUUUGUUAAAGAAAUGAGUCAAAGUUAAAAAGAUGUUUGGUGUCUAGUACUAUGUCUGUGACCCUAUAUGUACUAACCUCAGUAGACCAUGGUGUAGUUCUGUUCACUAACAGAACCUCACUGGAAAAUUAGCUGAUUUAACUUUACUGUGCUCUUGUUCAAAUAUAUUAACUCAACAGCACAUAAAUCCAUAACUGUUAACAAAAUUAUGAUUUUAUUGAUAAUUCGGCUAAAUCAAAACACCUUUACCUUUUCAUUUUGAUAUAAUAGAAGUUUCUUGGCCCAGCUUAUAGACUUCAGGAGUGGAGAAACGCCUCCGCUUAAGUUUAUGUUUUCUUGGGACAACGCUGAAUAUAGUACUAUGGCUGUGACCCUAUAUGUCCUGUUGAUGAAGUUAGGUGCUGUUCUGAGCAUUAUUUGUGGCUACAGAGUGGCGUUUUGGUUGAGGGCGUGGCUCUCUAUAUUUCUAUCCUGUGGUCGUUACUAAAGUUGGUAUAACUAGAGAAGUAAGCUGUCGACAACAUUCAUCUCUAGAGGGGGGGUCUAACUCGGUGUUACGGUGUGGUUGACCCUAAAUUAAUUUUACGCCGGGAUAUCUAUUUAAAAAGCAGAUAUUAAAUUUUGUCUUAUUGUUGCUGUAAUACUUGUUUUGAACACAAGGGGGUGUAGUGCACCACGACUCCACGCUCUUUACAGGUUUUCCCUCAUGUGAUUUCUUUUCUCUCUACAGUCCAAAACAAGAGAUUUAAAUACUGAAUACUUAGUGUAAAAAACUAGUGUAACAUCUUCCUUAUGUAAUUCUUUCUAAUGCAAAUAUUAUGAAAGAUGCUAGCUUAUAAAAUAAUUCUAUUUCACCCACCUGCUUUAACUUUACUGACUAAAAAAGUGGGUCCGUUGUCUUUGAAAUAUGACAAUUAUUUAUUAAAGCGUAGGAAAUUAAAGAAAAGAUGAGUAAUUCUUGGCUUUACAGCGUCAUAAAUCUUCACAUAAAAUCAGGUGAAGCCAAAACAAACAUUUGGAUAAGUAAUGAAUCAAACUCUGUUUUAUUUGUCAGAGGUGUGUAUCUUUAGUGUGUGUGUGUGUUUGUGUGUCUUUUGUGAAGUUACGAGCUUGUUAUGACUUCGCUCUUCGUUUCUGUACUUUAGUUUCGAUGCGUCUCUUCUAACCCGAGGAUUUGUGUGUUUGUGUUUCAGGCGACCACAAGACCAUCGGGGUGGACUGUGAGCACCUGGCGGCACAAAUCGAGGAGGAUAUCCUUUCAGGCCGACUUCACGUGCGCGGAAAACAAACUGUUUCACACAUGAAUGAAAGAUCCUCAUGUGAGUGUACCGACUGGGUGUGUUUCACCUGGUUAGAUAAAUAGAAGUAACGCCGCGGUUUGACUCCGAGGAGGGCCACGCCGCUCUGUUUGUCGGUUUCAUCUAGGAAGACAAACAGCGCCGAUUAGAACAUGAAGAGGCAAAGUUUGGGCAAUUAACCCUCAGAACUCCCAGAUAUAUUUUUCUAUUUUUGGUCCGCCUGGUUUUGUAAAAAUCUAUCUAUCUUUUCAGCUCUCUCCCUUCAGUUGUAAGUGUUAAGGAUGUCCUCAAAAUGCUCCUCUGACUUAGCAAACAACACGUCAUUUUGGCGCCCACUGUUAGAGUCGUUAACCCCCAUUUCCUGGAGGCAGCAGUCAAAAUAAGUCAGUCCAGACAUGCUGAAGCUGUCAUGUGUUUGAUUUCCUCCUUGACCGCCCGUCGUGCUCACAGAUCUUCCAGGAGUUCAAGUCGACGGAUAUGAAAUACAAAACUCGCCUACGGAGCCGAAUCUCCAACCUGAAGGACCAGAAGAACCCGGACCUGCGGCGAAACGUCCUGUGUGGAAACAUCUCAUUCAAACGCAUCGCCUGCAUGUCAGCAGAGGUCAGAGGUUUGAGCUUCAUCCCCUUUUUUUUCUCCAAUAACGCCGAUCUGUCUGUUUUUGUUGCACAUCGGAGUCUAAAGGUUAGAGGAACGUUUGUGCAGGAGAUGGCGAGCGCGGAGCUGAAGCAGAUCAGAGAGGCGCUGACUAAAGAGUCCAUCAGAGAGCACCAGCUGUCCAAGGUGGGAGGAACCGAGACCGACAUGUUCAUCUGCAGCAAGUGUCACGGGAAGAGCUGCACGUACACACAGGUACAGAAAUACACACAUAAGGGAAACACUGGUCACACUUUACAAUAAUCUGUAAUUUAAACAUGUAAAUAGAUCAUUUAUUUAUGUUUAAUCAUUUAAAAACAGCAUAUAGACCAAUUUUAAAUGGUAAAUAGUUUAUCAAUGUAAGUUAAUAGUUACUUCACCAUCAACAAGCAAUGAAACAAUCAUUAAUACUUUUCAUUAAUUAUUAAAGGUUUAAAUAUUGGUUGUAAAACAUCUAGAUUCAAAUGUGUUUUACUUUGUAAAUGGUUAAUAUUUGUUUUUUAAACCGUCAAUAAACAUUAUUUAGACGGUUAUUGUAAAGUUAGAGUUAGGUUUUAAAAUUGUAAAAUUUACAAUUUACUAAUUUAUUAAAUGAUUGAUGGUCUACAUGCUGUUUUUAAGUGAUGAUUAAACAUUAAUAAACUCUCUGCCUACCAUUAAUAAAUGGUCUAUUUACCAUUUAUAAGUCAUGGUUAUUGUAAAGUGUUACUGAAAUACUUGUUAUACAGACAUGUGAUAAUCUACCUCUACUUCCACCACGAGUACUACCACUCCCAGUACUCCCAGUACUCCCACUACUGUGUUUUUUUGUGUAUUGCAGGUGCAGACCCGCAGCGCUGAUGAACCCAUGACCACCUUUGUGUUGUGUAACGGCUGUGGCAACCGAUGGAAGGUGAAUUUAACUUUUCAACUUUAUAUUUAUGGCACUUUUCAGACAAAAAAAUGUAGCUCAAAGUAAAUAACUGAUACUAAAAACAACAAUUAGACACACACAAGUGUACACUGAGUAAGAAUUUAAGAUAUAUUGUUCGAGAGACAUGACCUGACGCCGAGACAUUACGUGAGGAAAGAGCUACCUCUGGGAAACACUGGAGUUAAAAUAAAAAAAUAAAUAAAUAAAUGAAAGAUGGUAAAAGGAGAGUAAAACCUGAUGGACUAAAACAAUAAAAUAAAAUAAAAUGAACAAAUAAAUAAAAGGGGUAAAAGAAGUAAAAUACUCCAAGGCAGGAGUUAAGAGAAAGACUAAGAACAAGAUAAUUAAUAAGAUUACAUAAAAGAAACAUGAAGAACUUUGAUUAAAAUGAACAUUUGUAAGAAAAAAAAUCUAAAAAAGUGAAAAGCUUGGUUAAAGAGGUUAAUAAAGGUGAGUCUUGAGCCUCUUCUUAAAAAAUAACAACCAGAAUUAUUUUAUAAUGAAGAAAAAAAAAGUUUCUGUUUAGAGUGAAAAAAGUGACGCCUUUAAAAACACGAGAAUUACAUUAUUAUAAACUUACGUUUUAAAGAUGGAUAAAAAAACGGUUCAGGUCGAGUGUAAAAGUUGAAGGAUCAGUACCAGAGUUUGUCACUAGAUGGCAGCACAGACAUGCUCUUCUUUCCUCACUUUUUCUCCUUCUUUCCCACAAAUAUCCCUCUUUUUUUAUUUUCUUCUCUCAUCUUUCUCUCCUGUCUUCUCUGAUUAUUUCACCCCUCUCUCUCUCUGUCUCUCUCUCUCCUUUCCUUUGUCCUUUCCCCCCUUCCUUAUCCCUCUCCGCUCCAUAUUUACUCCUCGCCGUCCUCCCCGCCCCUCCCCCGCCUCCCUUAUUUAGCUGCCGGCUGUAGGUCAAGGUGAAGCCUGACUAAUUUGAGAAGCUCAUGUUCUUGUUUGUGGGGAGUGUUGUGGUGUGUUUGCACUUUAACAAACCAGUUUGGAGGCUCAGAAAUUUCUCACAGACUCUCGGGUUGACGGCGAAUCUUUGACUCUUUCUCUGUUUCUGUCUUUCAGUUCUGCUGAAGAGGACGAGCGUGUAAAUUAUCUCUCAUGGAGCUGACUAAAGUGAGGAUUUAGUUUAUUUUCUUCUUGUUUUGUAUGAUUUCUUUUUAUAAAUAUAUAUAUAAAGGAAAAGCUGUAAUAUAUUCAGAGAAGAAUUAGCCGGAUCAUGUUGUAUAUUGGUUUGAUUUGUUUUCUAUGGAGCACCUAAAGCUUGAAGUGGGAGUGAACUCACAUUAAGGCCUUGUGGAAACUGUAGAUGUGCCUUUCUUUGCCAUGUAGUGCUGCCACAUAUUUUGCCCUUAACAUUUCUAUUAAAGUUUCUCAUGGAUGAAGACGAACAUUUCUGCAGUUUUCUGUUUUCUUUGAGCUCCAAUAUAAUCGAACACUUUUGGACCGUUGGAAAAAUAACAGUAACAGGUAUCGAGGUGUAACGAGAGAUGUGGUCAACGCCAUCAGAUUAUGAGAAGUCUACCGCACUACGACCGUAUUUUCCGGGCCAUACGGCGCACCGGAUUGUAAGGCGCAAAACAAC